AGUGCUGCUGCUGCCGUGUUUUCUCUCCGAGCUGCCAGCGGUCCUCCAGGCCGCCCGUCCUUCACUCCCAGCCGGACUCCAGAGCGCUUCAGUCGGCCUCCAGGUUUCCUCCAGUCGUCCCGGCUGGCCAAUCAGAGCCGCUCUCAGAGGGUCCCGCUGAUCCCAGCAGCAAGUAGCCGGUGGGCGGAGCAGCGAGCGGCGGUGGGGGCGGAGUCACGGCGAGGUCCUCAUGACGUCGGUGGCGGCGGAGUUCGACCACAUGGAGAUCCAGCAGCAGUACAGCGACGGCGUCAACAACCGCUGGGACGCCGACGACUGGGACAACGAGAACAGCUCAGCCCGCCUCUUUGAACGCUCACGCAUCAAGGCGCUGGCAGAUGAGCGCGAGGCGGUGCAGAAGAAGACCUUCACCAAGUGGGUGAACUCCCACCUGUCCAGGGUUUCGUGUCGGAUCACUGACCUGUACAUGGACCUGCGGGACGGCCGGAUGCUCAUCAAGCUGCUGGAGGUUCUGUCUGGAGAGCGGCUGCCCAAACCCACCAAGGGCCGCAUGCGGAUCCACUGCCUGGAGAACGUGGACAAGGCCCUGCAGUUCCUGAAGGAGCAGCGGGUCCACCUGGAGAACAUGGGCUCCCACGACAUCGUGGACGGAAACCACCGCCUCACGCUGGGCCUCAUCUGGACCAUCAUCCUGCGCUUCCAGAUCCAGGACAUCAGUGUGGAGACGGAGGACAACAAGGAGAAGAAGUCGGCUAAAGACGCUCUGCUGCUCUGGUGCCAGAUGAAGACUGCAGGGUAUCCCAACGUCAACAUCCACAACUUCACCACCAGCUGGAGAGACGGGAUGGCCUUCAACGCCCUCAUCCACAAGCACAGACCUGAUCUGAUCGACUUUGAUAAGCUGAAGAAGUCCAACGCUCACUACAACCUGCAGAACGCCUUCAACCUGGCAGAGCAACACCUGGGGCUGACCAAGCUGCUGGACCCGGAAGGUCAUUUUCUUAGGAAACCCAGUAAAACAGAUUCGUUGGUUUUUGCUCUCUGUGUAUCGUCUCUGCUGACGGAGCGUUUUUCCCUUCGCGCCGCCUCGCAGGUUCUGGACAACGCCAUCGAGACGGAGAAGAUGAUCGAGAAGUACGAGUCUCUGGCGUCGGACCUGCUGGAGUGGAUCGAGCAGACCAUCAUCAUCCUCAACAACAGGAAGUUCGCCAACUCGCUGGUGGGCGUCCAGCAGCAGCUGCAGGCCUUCAACACGUACCGCACCGUGGAGAAACCGCCCAAGUUCACAGAGAAGGGGAACCUGGAGGUUCUGCUCUUCACCAUCCAGAGCAAGAUGAGGGCCAACAACCAGAAGGUUUUCACGCCGCGCGAGGGGAAGCUCAUCUCCGACAUCAACAAGGCCUGGGAGCGCCUGGAGAAGGCGGAGCAUGAGCGGGAGCUGGCCCUGAGGACGGAGCUGAUCCGCCAGGAGAAGCUGGAGCAGCUGGCCAGACGCUUCGACCGCAAGGCCGCCAUGAGGGAGACGUGGCUGAGCGAGAACCAGAGGCUGGUCUCACAGGAUAACUUUGGGUUCGACCUUCAGGCCGUGGAGGCGGCCACCAAGAAGCAUGAAGCCAUAGAGACGGACAUCGCGGCGUACGAGGAGCGCGUCCAGGCGGUGGUUGCCGUGGCGAGGGAGCUGGAGGCGGAGAGUUACCAUGACAUCAAGCGCAUCACGGCGAGGAAGGACAACGUGAUCCGGCUGUGGGAAUACCUGCUGGAGCUGCUGAAGGCCCGGCGCCACCGGCUGGAGCUCAACCUGGGCCUGCAGAGGGUUUUCCAGGAGAUGCUGUACAUCAUGGACUGGAUGGACGAGAUGAAGAUGCUGCUGCUGUCCCAGGACUACGGGAAGCACCUGCUGGGUGUGGAGGAUCUGCUGCAGAAGCACGCUCUGGUGGAGGCCGACAUCUCCAUCCAGGCCGACCGCGUCCGCAACGUCAACAGCAACGCCCAGAAGUUCGCCAGCGACACCGACGGCUACAAGCCCUGCGACCCGCAGGUCAUCCGGGACCGCAUAGCGCACAUGGAGUUCUGCUACCAGGAGCUGAACCAGCUGGCGGCGGAGCGGCGCGCCCGCCUGGAGGAAUCCCGCCGCCUCUGGAAGUUCUUCUGGGAGAUGGCCGAGGAGGAGGGCUGGAUCCGGGAGAAGGAGCAGAUCCUGUCGUCGGAGGAUCACGGGAAGGAUCUGACGGGAACGGUGCGGCUGCUGAGUCAGCACAAAGCCUUCGAGGACGAGAUGAGCGGCCGCGCCGCCCACCUGCAGCAGACCGUCAGGCAGGGCCAGCAGCUGGUGGACGACAACCACUUCGGAGCCGAGAAGAUCAAGGAGCGCAUCCAGGACAUCCAGGAUCAGUGGGCGGCUCUGGAGCGCCUGUCUGCCGUACGGAAAACCCGCCUGCAGGAGGCCUGCAACCUGCACCAGUUCCAGGCUGACGCUGACGACAUCGACACCUGGAUGCUGGACGUCCUGCGCAUCGUGUCCAGCGAGGACGUCGGCCAUGACGAGUUCUCGGCGCAGGCUCUGGUGAAGAAGCACAAAGACGUGGCGGAGGAGAUCAGCAGCUACCGGCCCGUCAUCGAGGCGCUGCACGAGCAGGCGCAGACGCUGCCGCCGCACAAGGCCGGAUCCCAGGAGGUCCAGGCCCGGCUGGCCGGCAUCGAGGAACGGUACGCGGAGGUGGCGGAGCUGACCCGGCUCAGGAAGCAGGCGCUGCAGGACGCGCUGGCGCUCUACAAGCUGCUGAGCGAGGCCAGCGCCUGCGAGCUGUGGGUCGACGAGAAGGAGCAGUGGCUCAACGGCAUGGACAUCCCGGACAAGCUGGAGGACCUGGAGGUGGUCCAGCACCGGUUCGAGAGUCUGGAGCCGGAGAUGAACAGCCAGGCGUCCCGCGUCGCCGUGGUGAACCAGGUGGCCCGGCAGCUGGUCCACAGCGGCCACCCCGGGGAGACCGAGAUCCGGGCCCAGCAGGACAAGCUCAACACCAGGUGGAGCCAGUUCAGAGACCUGGUGGACCAGAAGAAGGAGAACCUGAACUCGGCGCUGGGCGUCCAGAACUACCACCUGGAGUGCAACGAGACCAAGUCCUGGAUCAAGGAGAAGACCAAGGUGAUCGAGUCGACCCAGGAGCUGGGCAACGACCUGGCCGGGGUCAUGGCGCUGCAGAGGAAGCUGACCGGCAUGGAGCGCGACCUGGCGGCCAUCGAGGACAAGCUGGCCGACCUGGACAAGGAGGCGGAGCGCCUGGCGAGCGAACACCCGGAGCAGGCCGGCGCCAUCAGGGGCCGGCUGGCCGAGAUCACCGCCGUCUGGGACGACAUGAAGGGGACGCUGAAGAACCGCGAGGAGUCCCUGGGCGAGGCCAGCAAGCUGCAGCAGUUCCUGCGGGAGCUGGACGACUUCCAGUCGUGGCUGUCCCGCACGCAGACGGCCAUCGCCUCGGAGGACAUGCCCAACACGCUGGCCGAGGCCGAGAAGCUGCUGGCCCAGCACGAGAACAUCAAGAACGAGAUCCGCAACUACGAGGAGGACUACCAGAAGAUGAGGGACAUGGGGGACAUGGUGACGCAGGGCCAGACGGACGCCCAGUACAUGUUCCUGCGGCAGCGGCUGCAGGCGCUCGACACCGGCUGGAACGAGCUGCACAAGAUGUGGGAGAACCGGCAGAGCCUGCUGUCCCAGUCCCACGCCUACCAGCUGUUCCUGAGGGACACCAAGCAGGCCGAGGCCUUCCUCAACAACCAGGAGUACGUCCUGGCCCACACCGAGAUGCCCACCACCCUGGAGGGCGCCGAGGCCGCCAUCAAGAAGCAGGAGGACUUCAUGACCACCAUGGACGCCAACGAGGAAAAGAUCAGCGGCGUGGUCGACACCGGGCGCCGCCUGGUCGCCGAUGGCAACAUCAACGGCGAGCGCAUCCAGGAGAAGGUGGACUCCAUCGACCAGAGACACAAGAAGAACCGGCAGGCGGCUAAAGACCUGCUGAGCAGGCUGAAGGACAACCGGGACCUGCAGAAGUUCCUGCAGGACUGCCAAGAGCUGUCCCUGUGGAUCAACGAGAAGAUGCUGACGGCUCAGGACAUGACGUACGACGAGGCCAGGAACCUGCACAGCAAGUGGCUGAAGCACCAGGCCUUCAUGGCCGAGCUGCAGUCAAACAAGGAGUGGCUGGACAAGAUCGAAAAGGACGGCCAGGCGCUGACGGCAGAGAAGCCAGAGACGGAGGCCAUGGUGAAGGAGAAGCUGGCGUCCCUGAAGGUCAUGUGGGACGACCUUGAGUCGACCACCCAGACCAAGGCCAAGUGUCUGUUUGACGCCAACAAGGCCGAGCUUUUCACCCAGAGCUGCGCAGACCUGGACAAGUGGCUGACCGGCAUGGACAGCCAGCUGCAGUCUGACGACUUCGGCAAAGACCUGACCUCCGUCAACAUCAUGCUGAAGAAGCAGCAGAUGCUGGAGAGCCAGGUGGAGGUGCGUCAGAAGGAGGUGGAGGAGCUGCAGAAGCAGUCGCAGGCGCUGAGCCAGGAGGGGAAAGGUUCUGACGAGGCGGACGGGAAGCGCAUCACCGUGGAGAACAAGUUCCAGGCGCUGCUGGCGCCGCUCAAGAUGAGGCGCGACAACCUGAUGGCGUCCCGCGAGAUCCACCAGUUCAACAGAGACGUGGAGGACGAGAUCGUGAGUCCGCAGUUCCGGUUCUGGUUCUGGUCAUUUCCAGGUUCACUUCAUCAACAUGAAACCAGGAACAAACGUAAGCUGCAACUACUUCUGUUUUCAUAGAAGAAGAACCGAACGCUGCAGAAGGAGAUCCAGGGCCAUCAGCCUCGUUAUGAUGACAUCUUUGAGCGCAGCCAGCAGGUCCUGCGGGCCGGCAGCCCCACGGCCGAGCCGAUCCGGCAGAGGCUGACGGAGCUGCAGGCGCUGUGGGAGCGGAUCCGGAAGGAGACGGAGAACCGGCAUUCCCGCCUCGGCGAGGCCCACGAGGCCCAGCAGUACUACUUCGACGCUGCGGAGGCCGAGGCCUGGAUGAGCGAGCAGGAGCUGUACAUGAUGUCAGAGGAGAAGGCCAAGGAUGAGCAGAGCUCGGUGGCCAUGCUGAAGAAGCAUCAGAUCCUGGAGCAGGCGGUGGAGGAUUACGCCGACGCCGUCCAUCAGCUGUCCAGCACCAGCCGGGGCCUGGUGGCCGCAGGACACCCCGACAGCGAGCGCAUCGGCAUGCGGCAGUCGCAGGUGGACAAGCUGUACGCGGGGCUGAAGGACCUGGCGGAGGAGCGGCGCGGGAAGCUGGACGAGCGUUUCCGUCUGUUCCAGCUGAACCGGGAGGUGGACGACCUGGAGCAGUGGAUCGCCGAGAGGGAGGUGGUGGCCGGGUCGCACGAGCUGGGCCAGGACUACGAGCACGUCACGAUGCUGCAGGAGCGAUUCCGAGAGUUCGCCCGCGACACGGGAAACAUCGGCCAGGAGCGCGUCGACGGCGUCAACAAGCUGGCGGACGAGCUGAUCAACGCGGGCCACGGCGACGCGGCCACCAUCGCCGAGUGGAAGGACGGGCUGAACGAGGCCUGGGCCGACCUGCUGGAGCUCAUCGACACGCGGACGCAGAUCCUGGCCGCCUCCUACGAGCUGCACAAGUUCUACCACGACGCCAAGGAGAUCCUGCACCGCAUCCUGGACAAGCACAAGAAGCUGCCGGAGGAGCUGGGCCGCGACCAGAACACCGUGGAGACGCUGCAGAGGAUGCACACCACCUUCGAGCACGACAUCCAGGCGCUGGGCACGCAGGUCCGGCAGCUGCAGGAAGAUGCCGUCCGUCUGCAGUCGGCGUACGCCGGAGACAAAGCCGACGACAUCCAGAAGAGGGAAGGAGAGGUGCUGGAGGCCUGGAAGAGCCUCCUGGAGGCGGCGGAGGCCCGGCGCUCCAAGCUGCUGGACACUGCCGAUAAGUUCCGGUUCUUCAGCAUGGUGCGGGACCUGAUGCUGUGGAUGGACGACGUCAUCCGGCUCAUCGAGGCCCAGGAGAAGCCCAGGGACGUGUCGUCGGUGGAGCUGCUGAUGAACAACCACCAGGGCAUCAAGGCGGAGAUCGACGCUCGCAACGACAGCUUCACGGCCUGCAUCGAGCUGGGCAAGGCGCUGCUGGCCCGCAAGCACUACGCUGCAGAGGAGAUUAAGGAGAAGUUGCUCCAGCUGACGGACAAGAGGAAAGAGAUGAUCGAUAAGUGGGAGGACCGCUGGGAGUGGCUGAGGCUGGUGCUGGAGGUGCACCAGUUCUCGCGGGACGCGGGCGUGGCGGAGGCCUGGCUGCUGGGCCAGGAGCCGUACCUGUCCAGCCGGGAGAUGGGCCAGAGCGUGGACGAGGUGGAGAAGCUCAUCAAGCGCCACGAGGCCUUCGAGAAGUCUGCCGCCACCUGGGAGGAGCGCUUCGCCGCGCUGGAGAGGCUGACCACGAUGGAGUUACUGGAAGUGAGAAGAAGGCAAGAGGAAGAGGAGAGGAAGAGGCAGCCGGCAGAGGCUGCUGAGGCUGCAGCCCAGAGCAGGUGAGGAGGAGGACUGGGGGGAGGACU